AUGCCGUUCCGAGUACUCAAAGACGCCUUGACAGAUGGCCUGGCAGCACGCCUCGGCAGGCUCUCCCUGCCCAGGCGCCGUCCCAUCGAGACCCCCAACUUCAUCGCAGUCGCUUCAAGAGGCGUCGUCCCUCACCUCACCCCUGACAACAUAACGAGGCAUACCUCCUUUGGGGGCGCUCACAUGGCUCUCGAAGACUUCUUAGACAAGAAGGAGCCCGCCAUCCUCAACGUGCCGCCAUCCCAGUCCAAGGUCCUACACAGCUUUACCGCCUUCCCGCAACACCUAGCCACCGUACUAGGCCCUCGCCGCUGCCCCCCCGUCAGGACACCUUCCGGCAACGGCAGCAAAUCCCUCACCAUAUGGACUUCCAACGGCGGCGCCUCCCUCACCAUCGCCGAAUACGCCACCUACGUCGAAAAGCUACAACCGGACAUCGCCGUGGGUCCAGCCGACCUGUUCCACACGAGUCCCACGCCGUCCAAGAAGCUCGUCCGCAUGGCCGAGCGGACCGAAGACUGGAUGGACCAGUUCCUCCUCGACGGCCACGGCCGCCCCGACCGGCUGCGCGACGCCGACGUCGCCAUCUUCGCCCCCGUCCUGAGCGCCCCUUACCCCAUACAAUGGCAGUACCUCAACUCCCUCGCCGAGGACCACGCGGGGCACCUGUCCGGUCUCGCCUUGUACGGCGUCGACAUCCUGCCCGAGGUGACGGAGAACCACGAGUCCCUCGUGCCGUUGGCGCGCCUAUCUAUGCAACUCCCGCCAUCGCCCCAAGACGUCUUGGCCCAGGUCGCGGCCGGUAUUGACGUCUGCACGAUCCCAUUCGUCAACAGCGCAUCGGAUGCUGGGGUGGCUCUCGCGUUCCAGUUCCCUCCUCCCGUUGCAGGUGUGGCGGGCGAUCUGCAGGGACCUGGGGUGACCGCCGCUACCGCUACGCCCCGCCCUCUCGGCAUCGACAUGUGGUCGCCCGACCAUGUCACCUCGCCGAGCCCCUUCGUGGAAGGGUGCCCGUGCUACGCUUGCACCAAACAUCACCGGGCCUACGUCCACCAUCUGCUCCGGGCCCACGAGAUGCUGGCCUGGACCCUGCUGCAGAUCCACAACCACCACGUGCUGAGCGCCUUCUUCGAGUCGAUCCGCUGCGUCCUAGAGACGGCGCCGGGUGCGGCCUUUCGAGAAUACGUCCGCAGCUUCGCAGACACCUACGAGUCCGAGAUACCCUUGGGGACCGGUACGCGGCCGAGGGUGCGGGGUUAUCAUUUUAAGAGCGAGGGCGGCGAGGGCAAGGCCAACACGCCCAGGUGGGAGAAGUACGACGAAAACGCACAGUUGACAACGGCGAGUAACGCCCACAACCAAACUGAGAACGGCGGAGACGAGCACGAGGGCCAGUGGCAUGCGACAUUGGGCUGCCACAGCGACGCACAGCAAGGGAGCACGAAAUGA